AUGGAGGAAGACACAGAGAGGAGAGAUCUACUGAUUUGCGGAGUUAAUGGGUUUACAGCACAGAAGUUGUUAGAGUACAUUCUAUGCCAUAGGCCCGAGCUGUCUGUGGGAGUGACCUGCAGAAGCGAGGAAAAGCUCACCCGGACAUUUCGAGACAUCGCAGUGAAAAAGGAUAGCUCGAAGGCGCUGGACAAGGUGGCCACCCACAUAACAGGAGUAGAUAACAUUGGAAAGCUUGCCAGAAUAUUUGAGGGCUACAAAGUUAUUAUAAACUGCAUAGGGCCCUUUGCGAUUACAGGCCUAAGCAUAGUGGAGGCAGCUAUUCGGGCCCGGUCGCAUUAUAUUGACUGCACAGGAGAGCCUGGGUUUAUUGAGGAGAGCAUGAAGAUGUUUGGAGAAAAGGCUCAAAGCGAGGAAAUAAUCAUUGCACAUGCCUGCGGCUUUGACUCCCUUCCGUUGGACAUAGGGAUUAUGUACACUAUGCAGCAAAUACAGGAAAAAGGAGGGCGCGCAGAGUCUAUUGAGUCGUAUAUGCAUCUCAUCAACAGCAGAAUCAACCUAGGGACAUUUAAAACAGUCAUAACAAGUCUGGACAAUCUUAAAAAGAGAGAGAAGAGAGGAGAAAUCUCUCAAAAGGCUCCUAAGAAGAGCAGCGACAAAGACAGAAAAGAUGGACGUAGAGGGCCAAAAGUGAAAAAAAUGCCCUUCUUCAGUCCAUUGGUAAACAUGUAUGCUGUGAUAUUCCCUGGAUCCGAUUCCUAUGUGCUUAGAAAGACAAAUGCUCUUCUUGGCGGGAUAUAUCCAGUAUGCCACUGCUACAUGGCCGUGUCUUCUUUGAUUGGGAUGGCCUAUCUCCUCUUCUUAUGUCUGCUGGUUGGGAUAGUGUACAUUCUGCCAAGCUCACUUCGCGCAGCUGCAUAUGACUAUAUAGAUGUUUUGAGCUUCGGAGCAGUGCGAACAGAUGGCCCGUCAGAACAGGAAAUUCUAUGCUCAGGAUUUAAGACCCACAUAUUUGCAAAAGGUGUAGACGAACACGACAACCCCACAACGUACAAAACACUCGUAUCGGGCCCAGACCCAGGAUAUAUAUCCACGCCAAUCGCUCUUCUUGUAUCAGCAGAGAUCAUUCUAAGUAACCAAGCAGGAGUUCAGAACAAAAAAGGAGUGCUUACACCAGGCGCUUUAUUUGUUGACACGGAUAUCAUCCCAAGGCUAACAAAAGAGAAGAUUGUGUUUUGUAUAGCCGCCGAUGACAAACUCUAG